UGUAUUUUGACGGACAACAACAUAGGCGCACUAGCCAAUGGCUAAGUACCCUAGUUGAAACCUGUCACGACGGUGUAUAACCAAUUUCAGGGUUAAAAGCGGUCCUUAUUUAAACCCUUUUGUUUGAAAGGGUUCCAUAGGGGAAUAAAUGUCUGAGGCACCAGAACCUCCUAACACCAAAGAAGGGGAGGAAACCACAUCCGAACCAGAGGAGCCAUCUGACGACAGCAGUGAGGAGGAAGCGACUGGAGACUCUGAGAUGGACUUCCUGCGGAACUUGUUCUCCCGAAAUCUUGGCUUCGGCUACCCAGAAAAGAUUUUGGAUGACUUGACUUUGGAAGGAGUGGCCAAAUAUAUCCUGAGUGGCAAAUGUAAAAACAUCAUCUGUAUGGCUGGAGCUGGUAUAUCCACUUCUGCUGGGAUUCCCGAUUUUCGCUCACCUGAUACUGGGCUGUAUGCAAACAUGCAGAAAUAUAAUCUGCCCUACCCGGAAGCCAUCUUUCAAAUAGAUUACUUCAAGAAACAUCCAGAGCCCUUCUUUGCCUUGGCCAAGGAGCUUUAUCCAGGAGAGUUUAAGCCGACCGUGUGUCACUACUUCAUGAAGCUGCUGAAGGACAAAGGCCUCCUGAAACGCUGCUACUCACAGAAUAUCGACACCCUGGAGCGAGUGGCCGGGCUUGAGAGCGGGGAUCUAAUUGAAGCUCAUGGUACCUUUUUCACGUCCCACUGUGUCAAAUUCAUCUGCCGCAAAGAGUACAACUUGGACUGGAUGAAAGAAAAAAUAUUUUCUGAUGAUAUUCCCAGAUGUGAAAAAUGCAACAGUCUGGUCAAACCAGAUAUCGUCUUCUUUGGAGAGAGCCUACCAGUGCGGUUCUUCACGUCAAUGAAGAUGGACUUCCCACGUUGUGAUCUUCUUAUCAUCAUGGGGACAUCUCUGCAAGUCCAGCCUUUUGCAAGUCUCAUUAGCAGGGUUCCCAAAAGCUGCCCAAGAUUGCUUAUCAACAUGGAAAAAACAGGCCAGGGUGAUCCUAUGUUAGGCCUGCUGGGUUUUGGAGGAGGAAUGGAUUUUGACUCGGACAAGGCUUACAGAGAUGUUGCUCAUAUCAGUACAUGUGAUGACGGCUGUAUGGAACUCGCUAACCUGCUGGGAUGGAAGGCGGACUUGGAAGAAUUAGUGAAGCGAGAGCAUUCCAGGAUCGACAGUCAGGACAAGGAAGCAAAGUCAAGUGAAAGCAAAGGUGCAAGCGCUUCAGCAGUGGUGUAAGAAGAAGUGAAGUCUUUUGGCAUACUUGGCAGUUGUUCUUGAUGAAUUAUGAGCUAUGGAUACAGAUGAAAGUUUCAGUGCAGGCUUACAUGCUCCCAGAAUUCCUCACAUGUCAUGCUUUUGUAAUUUCUAUGCACUUAAAUUAAGAUAACUUGCUUCGGAUUUUCUAUGAAUGAUGAUAUGCUAUCUCAUAUCAUGCAACUCUAUAUAAGGUAGUCUGCAAGGGUUGUUUUUACUCGAUAAACAGUAAGAUUUUUCAACCGCUUUCAGUAAUUUACAUGAAGUUGACAGAAUUUGUACAGUGGAGGAUAAAUACAUUUACUACAAGAGUGGCAAGCUGGAAAAAUCUCCAGAUAUGUUGGUGUUUGUUUGUUUCUUCAUCAAAUUAUCUUCUGUUGGAAUGGUCCUACGUAAUUUAUUCCUUACGAACAAUGUCAUUGUAAGUAAAUGGAAUGGAUUGUUAAUAUAUAUUAGUGCAAUAUGAUGAAGAAGUACCGUAUUUUCCGCCCUAUAAGGCGCACCUAAAAACCUAAAAUUUUCUCAAAAACCAACAGUGCGCCUUAUAGUCCGGUGCGCCUUAUAUAUGGACCAAAUUCCUAAAUUCAAACUGGCCCGAAGUAUUGUGUCAUGAAAUCAAUCAUAAGUGGCCCGCUGAAGACUAUGAAUCAUGACUCAAAAAGACUAUGGAUCAUUAUUUUAUGAUUAUAAAGUAAUUUGUUCCGUCUGAAGUUGAAAUAAAAAAGAUAAAAUGGAGAAUUAUUUGAUUUGGAUUAAAAAUCUGACAUGAUGCAUUAAUGGUGCGCCUUAUAGUCCGGUGCGCCUUAUAUAAGGAUAAAGUUUUAAAAUGGGCCAUUCAUUGAAGGUGCGCCUUAUAGUCCGGUGCGCCUUAUAGGCCGGAAAAUACGGUAUAUAUUAGAGGUUAUAAUGUCUAUUUUUAACUCGCAUGCAUUCAUUGUUUUGGUUUAUAUUUGCCCUAUUCAAUAACAUAUUGUGCGUGUUGCAUGAAAUAACACUGUAAUUAGGAGUGACUAAGUAUAACUAUAACUAAUAUUGUAUAUAAAAAGUCAUGCAAACUAAUAUCUGGCAAUAAAUUUUAUCUUUGUAAUUCAUAA